GACUAGAUACACUAGACGAUGCGUUGAUUACAAUUUUAUCAGAUUCUAGAGAUGCCAGAGGAGGCGGAUAUAAUUGAAGGGCAAAUCAUAGCCGCGACACCGGUGUACAAGUUGAGCGCAGACGACACAGCCAUCGCCAGUUUACAGAUCGAAAUUCCGAUGCCUGCCAGUUUUGGUGCCGACAGCGAACUCGUUGUUCUACAGCACGUAGGUGACACGUGGUCACGUGUUUCCGGUAUACAUGACGACUCCAAUCCGAUGUCUGUCAUCUGCGAUGUUUCAGCUUUACCAGUUCACGUGAUGGCCGCCCAGGUAGUACCGGGCACGGGAGACGCCGCGCUCUUCAAGGAGGCAACCGCGGCGCUCUCUCAGACCCUGCACACCCAUUGCAACGUCGGCUUUCUGUGCUUCUCGAAAUGCGUGGAGCGCACCGCGAGGUUCACAGUUGUGCUGGAGUGUUGCCCGCAGAAGACAUUGGACGCCCGCCGUCAGGCGUGGACACUACAGGGAUUCAAGGAGCAAUCGCGAGAAAACAUGGCCGAGAGUCGGCCUGAGGCAUUUUCGAUCAAAAGUUUGGAAGAAUUUCAUAUCUUGUUUUGUGACAAAAACAAUUUAUUAAGGGCGGACCUUCACCGGCGAGUUCUCAGCUUCCACCGUAAGCGUCUGAACGUGCUGACGUUUGAAAUCGACCUGAAAGGCAGAACGGUGCAGUUCAUGAAUUGUCGAUUGGUAGUAUCGAAACGUGUAGAUACAGACAACGCGAAGCAGGGCGAUAAGCAGCGGUUGACCUAUUUUGACGUGAAUCUUGUUGUCAACCCCGUGGAUGCUGGCUGGUCCAAAUCAACCGAAACGGUCCGCAUGUCGCAGAAUCCGCGGAAUACUUCUAGCGCUCGAUCCGUUCGGGGAUUGGAGCAAUCUCAAAUGAGGAACGUCAAAACCGCUAGGCAGCGCGAUCUUUCCUCAAAGUCGAUGGCGGACGCUGGAACUUCUGGUUCCGUUGUGGGAAUCGAACGCUCACCGAAACCAAUGGAGGCUCGAGCUUUGAAUGUUAAGCCUGCUAUGGAUGGUUUGGCGAGGCUGCAAGCAACAGUUGAGCGCGCGCUGAACAAUGUGGAUCCAGUACCCGACAUCGAGAUAGUGGUGACACCGCCUGAGGAACAGGAAGCGCCGGAGGAGAAAUCUCGUGACCCGGACAUGAAGUAUCUGAGCAAUAACAGCAAUGCGGUGUUGCUGGACGAUGCCCUACUAGACGAUCUCGUCGAGGCGUUCGGCGCCUCGUGGUACAAGGCGUUCGUGCUGAUGGGGUUGCCCUUCAUGGAGAUUGACACCGCCCUCCUGACGUCCAAAAACGUCAACGUCACCAAACGUCAGAUGUUCCGCACCUGGCGCAACGUAAACCAGUCACGUGACGACCUUGGCGUGCCUCUUUUGAUGGGGGCGCUCUUCAAGGGAGGCUUCCGGAACGUCGCCGCACGCCUGCAGACGGCGGUCAAGUCAUGGUUCGAGGAAAACAAGAGUUCGGAAGUGCCUUUCAAGUAUUGGGUCAUAGAGGCGUACAAAAACUCUGAUUUACUCGUCCCACCGGACUACCCGAAACCCAUGAGUGAUCCGAACCUCGUUCUGAUGUCAGACGAACUUCCGCUAUCACGUAACCUCGCGCGGGCUCUCGCGAUCCCUGACGACGUUGCAGAAGACAUCAUCAACUCGAAACACCUUCUCAUAGACGAGAUAAGAGUGAUGAAGAUGCUGACGUGUUUCCGGGACCGCCAGGCGAGGAGUAUCGACGCUCUAGAGGCGCUACUAGAGGCUUUGCUGUCACUCCGCUGUGAGAGCAUGUACAAGUACGCGAUCAUGUGCGCAAAGGCAUGGGUAAAGCGCACAGCGACGCGAAAGGACGACCCGUUCCGAUCCCAGGUGGACACACUUAUGCAGAAGUGUUAGCCUGGGUGAGAGACCAGUAGGUCUAGGUUAGAGGAAAAUGUAGGUUAGAGACCUGUAAACUGAUCUAGGUCAGAAACUAGUAAAUAUCAUAUCUGUGAUUAAACCGAAAUAGUCCGUUUCUGAAAUAAUAGAAGUUUGUGUUUCUUAGUGUUUUUUUAAAGAAUUUAACAACCCUUGGCAAAUUUCUGAUGAGUCAGAGUAUUCGAACUCGCGAAUAUAUUAUGUGUUUCGACGUUUACUUCGAAUGACGUUUGACUUUCUAUGCUUACGAAUAGCAUCACAUGAAUGUUCGGUUUAAAUAUGGAAAGAAGACUUUUACUGGACUUCAGAAAUAAAGAGACAUAAAAUAUUGUGCGACGAUUACGCUCUGUUACGAAAAAAGGAGUGUUUGGUGUACUCGUUUCUGGAGGCUCGUAACGAGGUCCGCGGACCCUAUAUUUGCAUUUGAUGUUAACGGUUUGGUUGUUAUGAUUUUCCUUUAAAUUGCGGUCACAUGCAAAUGAAUUAUACAUGAAGACAAUGUGGUUUAAGACCCUGUUGUGAAUAUAAAAGUAGUUAUUUAAACCUCGGAUUUUUCUGUGUUGCAAAAUAAAAGCUAUUGUAUGUGGAUGACUGAAACUUGGCGACUUCUGGAUUGCGGAACCAGCGUGCUCUUAUUGUGUGUUAUUAAAGCGGAUUUAAUUGAUAUUUUUCUAUUAUAAACGUAAACAAUU